CUUUCAACUCAGUUGAUGCUGGGUUGGUGAAGGUAGGAUAUUUUUGUACAUAACCUCUCAUGUGCUGCAUCGAACGUAUUGCAAACGUGAAAUUUAAACACAUUCCAGUAAAUAAAUACAUGUGUUUAUUAUCGUUAUUGGCAGUGAAACCUGGGAAGAAACUCUUCUUAAAUUUUUGUUAUUAAUCUAUAAUUAUAGCAUAUUUGUAUGCAUUUUGUAAAGAAACAUUUGGCAGCCGUUUUUUAAAGAGGAAAGUUGCAAUGUCUCGAUUCUUAGCAAGUUUUUGUCCCCAAGCUAAGCAGUUUGUAUCUGCACUGACCUCAAGCGCCAUAAAAUUUAAUAACCCCACACGUCUGGAAAGUGUGCGUCACUUUGGAGUCACGUCUCAACUAUUUUCAUGUUUUCCGCAAAUUCAAAAACCCGCACCUGAUUUUUCAGGAACGGCUGUUGUUAACGGUGACUUCAAAACUAUAAAGCUCAGUGAUUACAAAGGAAAAUAUGUAGUCCUCUUCUUCUACCCUCUAGAUUUUACUUUUGUCUGCCCAACGGAACUUAUAGCUUUCGCGGAAAAGGUAAAUGAUUUUAAUUCCCUGAACACUCAGCUCAUUGGAGUUUCAACCGAUUCGCACUUUAGCCACUUGGCAUGGAUCAACACUCCGAAAAAGCUGGGUGGACUUGGAGGGGAUUUAGGAUAUCCACUCUUGAGUGACUUCAAUAAAAAAGUAUCGACAGCUUACAAUGUUCUUGUGGAGGAUGCUGGAGUUGCUCUCCGAGGGCUCUUCAUAAUUGAUAAGGAGGGAAUUUUACGACAGCUAAGUGUUAAUGAUCUGCCUGUUGGACGAAGCGUUGAUGAAACGUUGAGACUGAUUAAAGCUUUCCAGUUCUUUGAGAAGAAUGGAGAAGUUUGCCCUGCAAACUGGCAACCAGAUUCAAAGACGAUCAAACCCACUCCUAAAGGGAGUAAGCAGUACUUUGAAUCUGUAAAUUAAGGAAAAAUUAAAUCUCAAUAUUGUAUCACUCUAUAGUGUAAUUUCACUGGAUGGAAUGAUUUUCGAUAAUAUUAUAUACAAUAUGGUGUUAAAGGGAAUAACACUGUUGUGAAAAGCAUUUAUGUACAUAGAUUUCUUACAAGAAUUAA